AUGGGAGGAGCCCGUGUUGGUAACGGAGCCCCAAUGGUGGUGGAAGCCGGAGUCCCUGGUUACGGGGCCGGGGCUGGGCCGGACGUCGUUCCGGCCAUGUGGGGCUGCGGGGGACGCCGGCGCCGGCGCCUGCUAUGGGGCUUCUUCGCGCUGCUGUUGACGGCCGUCGUCCUGCGCAGGUUUAACUUGAGUGAUUUGGUCCCCAUGCGGUUGAGGGGCAGAGUGCUGGGCUUGCAGGCCAAGAACUCACAGUUCCUGCUGGAGGACAAGCCGUUUCGUAUCUUUGGCGGCUCGAUGCACUAUUUCCGCAUCCCCCGAGAAUACUGGAGGGACCGCUUGACGAAGUUGAAGGCUUGUGGCUUGAAUACCCUCACAACAUAUGUACCGUGGAAUCUUCAUGAGGCAGAAAGAGGGACGUUUGACUUCAGUGGAAACUUGGACCUGAAGGCUUUCAUUACGAUGGCUGGAGAGGUCGGGCUGUGGGUGAUUCUGCGUCCAGGACCUUACAUCUGCUCUGAGUGGGACCUUGGUGGUCUGCCCAGCUGGCUGCUCCAAGACCCUGAGAUGCAGCUGAGGACAACCUACAAGGGCUUCAUGGACGCGGUCUAUGAGUACUUUGAUCAUCUGAUACCUGAGGUGGUCCAUCUUCAGUACAAGAAAGGGGGCCCAAUCAUUGCCGUGCAAGUGGAGAAUGAAUACGGCUCUUAUGCCGAAGACGAUAAUUACAUGGGACAUAUAAAAAAGGCCCUGUUGAAGAGGAAGAUUGUGGAGCUGUUGAUGACCUCGGACAAUAAAGACGGGCUGUCCUUUGGCUUUGUGGAAGGAGCUCUGGCCACUAUUAACUUUCAAAAGAUGGAGAAGGAUAUCUUCCUCAAACUUGACAACAUACAGCACGACAUGCCAAAGAUGGUGAUGGAAUACUGGACUGGAUGGUUUGAUAGUUGGGGAGGACCUCAUAAUGUUUACGAUGUCGAUGAAAUGCUGGAGACGGUUGAAGACAUCAUCAAGACGGGAGCCUCCAUCAAUCUCUACAUGUUCCACGGAGGCACAAACUUCGGCUUUUGGAAUGGUGCUGUGCAUUUUGAGGAAUACAAGCCAACCAUCUCCAGCUAUGACUACGACGCCGUGCUGACUGAAUCUGGAGACUACACCUCCAAGUACCUCAAACUUUACCAGCUUUUCACCGAAUUGACGGGGAACACGCAGCCUCUGCCUCCUUUAGGUUUAAAUAAGGCAUCGUAUGGGGCUAUCGUGAUGCAGCAGUAUCUCUCUUUAUGGGAGGUGCUGCCAUCUCUGGUUGAGCCCAUCAAGUCGGAGCAACCCAUUAACAUGGAGAACCUCCCGGUGAACAAUGGGAACGGGCAGGCCUUUGGGUAUACGCUCUAUGAGGCUGUCAUACCCGGAGGAGGGAAGCUGGAUUCCCGAGGCCACGUCCGGGACAGAGCACAGGUGUUUGUUAAUACCCUGUUUAUUGGCUACCUUGAUUACACCACGCAGGAACUGUCAAUUCCUAACGGACAGGGGUACAGACAACUUCGACUCCUAGUAGAGAACUGCGGGCGAGUCAACUACGGGCAUAAGCUGAAUGAUCAGCGGAAAGGCUUAAUUGGCGACAUCUUUCUCAACGAUACCUCCUUGAGGAACUUCAAGAUUUACAGCUUGGAGAUGAAACCUAGCUUCGUGCAAAGUCUACAUGCCUCCCUUUCAUGGAGCGCCGUCCCUGACAGUGCCGUGGGCCCGGCGUUCUUCCGAGGAACCCUGCAAGUGCAGCAUAUGCCUCAGGACACUUUCUUGAAGCUCGAGGGCUGGGAAAAGGGAGCUGUGUUUAUCAACGGACGCAACCUAGGUCGCUACUGGAAAAUCGGUCCUCAAGAAACACUCUACCUCCCCGCAACGUGGCUCAAGCAAGGGCACAAUGAGAUCGUCGUUUUUGAAGAGCGUGCUGCAGGCCGAAUUGUCCAGUCCACAGACCUGCCUUUCCUAGGAAGGAUCCAGUAUGUGAGCUGAGCCGGGGAGGGUGUCCCGGGCUGCUCCACCCCCUCCCCCAAGUGGUUCCUCUUAAGCACUGGUUGAAGGGGUGCUUCUGAAACGAAAUCGGGGAAGCCUCGAUGCAGGCGAAUCCUCCCUUCCUCUAGACCCUUACAAAAGACGGGCCCCUUGUCAAUGAACUUCCUGGGUUUGGUCAGCGAAGGCUCACCUUGUCAAUGGAUUUAGGAGACUGACUCUGAAUAACCUGUAGUGGGAAAGAGACUGAGAAUAUCUAGGAAUCUUUUCCUAACGGAGUUGAACUCGACCGCCGGUUCUCUUGCCCACCACCACCACCACCACCAAAGGCGCUGAGAAUCUUGCAAGGCAAUGAAUGUGCAAGAGCCCUCAAGGAUCCGCUGGAUUCAAAGUCUCGAAUGAUUUGACUUGAAUUGGGCACCUGCUUGUUCACCGUUUGGAAAGGAAUGUUCCGUUUGGCCCCUACAAUGGCUGAACUUGCCGGGCUUUUGAGGCAAUCGAAGCCCUCAUUACUCUUUCAUUCCAUUCUUAGGUGCCUGGUUAGGUCUUUGGUUGCCCAGCCUGAGUAGGGACGGAAGUUUUGCUUAACCUAAGAGUUCAAAUCACAGGUUCUUUAUCGUUAACCAAAGGCACCCAAAGAGCCAUGGUUUGUUUUGUCAGAUGAAUGCCAGCAAUGGGCAGGGACACCCGUGCAAGCCAUACGGAAAUGGAUGGAGCUUGCACCUGAACAGCACGUAGACCGUUUUGCACAUGGGGUGGUACUUCGGGCAGUCCUGGGCGUGCGCAGAGCACUUGCCGCAGAGAGGCGCUCUGAGCUGUCGCGAUAACAUGGCGAGCAGCUGACCACAUGGAUGACUGCCAUUGCAUUGAAUACCUUUACCGCCCCACCACAAGUUCCUGCAGCCGCUGGGAAGUGUAGUUGUGUGGAGGGAGGCCUUCCCAUGUGCAAAGCGGCUGGUCGACUUUAAAAACCCAGCAUGGAGUCCUCGCGAUGGAGCGGCUGUUUCUGACCGCCUCCCGGGGGUGAGUGUAAUGCACCAGAAGAAUGAGAAAAGCUGGGUCCGCUUCACACGCACUCGGUCAAACAAAAACCGACACAUGUAAUCCUGAAUGCCACCACUAUGUAGGGAUAUAUACGGUCUAUGCAAGGGACAUGCACCAGCUGUUGCCCUCUUUGGGAAACAUCAGAACCUAUCAACAUAUGCUGCAGGAUGAGGGAUAAAAUUCUGGACAUUACUACUUCAAAAUGCAGUGUGUGUGUGUGUGUGUGUGUGUGUGAAGGGGUCAUGUUUUUGAAUGCUCUCCCUGCAUGCAGUAAUCUAGGACACUGGGGAAGAGUAUACUUCUCUCUUGGCUACAUCAAUUAUGCUUUCUACGUAGGGAAGCAUUCAAAAAUAUUAACUCUCACAUGCGAGACAGAAUUUGCAAUGGUGCAGUCUGGAAUUCUACCACCUUGUAUUGCAUCGUUGGUAGAUGAGGCUUUACUUUCUGCAUAGCCUUCAGGCUUGCACACCGUACAUGGGGAAUGAGGUCCUGUGUGUGUUCUCAACCAGUCUCUCCCCAGCUUCUGUUGUCACCAGUGGGCCUGGAGCAGUACCGAAUUCCUAGAGAGUCAGUUUGAAAGCGUAAGCUCUUCUUCGGCCCACCAUCCCACCCCGCCGCCCCCAUUUUUAAAUGGUUAAGCCUCAGAAGGCAACGUCCGUUUCAAUGCUGGAACGCUAGGCAGUUUUCAGCAUUAGGUGGCCAUUUGUUAAAAAGUAGCUUUCAGUUAAUGUAAAAAAGAAUCUGGAACGCUUUAGGGGAUAAUCUGCACUUUUCUGAGCUCUCCUUCCCCCCCCCCCUUUGAAAUCUUCCAAGAGUUUGUACAGAUUCCCGUCAAAGUUUUAUUCAUAAGCCCUAACACUGCAGUAGUAAGGCCACCAGAAGCGGUGAGCAUUUGCGGAACAUUCCCUUCUCCUGUUUCUCAAGGGUUCGAAUCCCUCCUGCGGCUAGCCUGUAACUGGCUGUCUUUUCCCUCAUCGUGAAAAAUUGGAUUUGGCAACUGGUCUUGCAACUAACUGCUCCGGUCAUCAUCAUCCAAGAAGCCUUUCCCCCACAAGUCUGUCUUGGCUCCACUUCCCUCCUUAAAGGAACGACGUGGUGACCGCAGCCACGAGAGAUUUCAAGGGGCUUCUGGCUGUUAAAAACCAUAUUGAGUUUUAUUUAACAAAUUAAAUACAGUUGAAUUAAAACUUGAGAGCAGACAGUGCAGCUGUAAAAAUGAAACAACCCCACACCCCCAUCCUCCACCUGGACUGUGUGCCGCUGACCCACAACAUUUCUAACCCCCUAGCCCGCCCCUACCCCCGGAGCCGAAGGGUUCCUGUUGCAUCCGCGGCAAAUGCCCGGGGGCUUGAAGUCCACCGUUAACAAAGCGCCUUUGCUAAAAUGGGAGCUUCUUAGGAUGAGUCCUUUCGAUUGAUUGAUUUUUUUCUCUCUCUCCAUGUUUCGCCGCAACCUGGCUGGCUUCUUAUAAAUAAAAGAGGCAAACAUGCAAAUAGGAGAGGACAGCCAUUGGAAACAACUCUUGCAUUGUGAAAACUAAAGUCUUCUAAAAAAAGAAAGAAAAAACCUCUCAAUUCCCUUUUAUAAGCUAGGUCUGGGUUGCGUUUUCUGAAGGCUCCAGGUCGUAACUGAGUAAAAAGCCUACGGGAGAUAUUCCUGACAUCCAAAUUCCAUUCUGUCAAGUCUUGAAGCGUGGUCUACUACUUCCCACCACCAAAACAAAACGACGGCAGACUUUUUCAUAGUUAGAAACAAGGGCCUUAUUUGGUUAGAGGCCUGGUUGGUUGGUUGGUUUUCCUCCAGUUGAUUGUUUUGAUAAAUAGUGCCAUAAAUGGACAAUAAAAUAAAAUAAAAAAUAGUCUCUUAUUAUGAUGAUUAUGAUUAUUUUAAAUAUCACGAAAUAUAUAGAGAUCUGUUAUUAGUCCAAAGAAAGAUUUGAUUCCACACUGUCUAUGCUUUUUACCUAGUUAUGUUAAGAAUUAAAAAAAAAGUGCAUUUUCCUGUACAGGAUAAUAUUAUUUUCCCUUCAGCUGACGGGUACAGUUGUGCUUUAUUUUAUUUUAAAAGGAAAGCCAAGAUACAGUAGGGUUGAUUAGGCGUUUGAAGAAAACCAGAAAUUAGAGA